AUGAUGAUAUCUUCAUGUAAAGUGGUAUCAUCUUCUUCAUCAUCAUCAUCUUCGGCAUCGUCGGUUUGUUCAAAACCUGAAAAACCAAGAAUAAAUCAGGUUGGUAUCCAAUAUUUAUCCGAAGGUUUACAUCAAAAGAUCUUCCCAUCAACUCCAACUACAGAUUACUUAACUCCUCAACAUCCCGCUUUAAUCGAAAUUGCAAAAGGUCAUUUAAAGGAAAACAACUUGUUAAACAAAAAGACCCUUAUAACUGAUCCUAUCAAUAUAGACAACUUUCCUCCCUUAAUUGGAAAUAAGUCAUUAGAUGAACAUUUCUAUAAAAUAGGGUUAAGUGAUGCUGAUCCAUAUUUAUCCAUGUCUCAUAAUUUCUUAAAACAAGAUUCAGAAUUACCUCCUAUGCCCAAAAAUUGGCUCUUUGAAUCAGGUUGGACUAGAUAUGAAAAAGGUAAGAAACCAGAAUCUGUACCAUAUCCUUUAGAAGAUGAGUUAGUAUUUGAUGUUGAAGUUAUAUAUAAAAAGUCAAAUUAUUCAGUAUUAGCAACUUGUGCUUCAAGUAAAGCUUGGUAUGGUUGGGUAUCUCCAUUCUUAACCAAUUAUGCUAAGGAUCAAACUUAUGAUAAUUGGAAUCAUUUAAUUCCUAUGAAUUGUUUGAAUGAACCAAAAUUAAUCAUUGGUUAUAAUGUCAGUUAUGAUCGUGCUAGAAUCUUAGAAGAAUAUAAUAUCAAACAAUCAAAGGCGUUUUAUCUUGACGCUAUGGCUCUCCAUGUUUCCAUUAGUGGUAUUUGUUCUCAACAACGUUCAAAAUGGUUGAAACAUAAUAAAAAAAUGCAAGAGUUUAAGAAUGAUGAUUUCGAAUCAUCUGAUGCUGAAGAUUUUACUUCCAAGGAUAGUGAUGCUAUGAUUAAAGAUCUUGAACAUGAAGUUUAUGAAGAUCCUUGGUUGAAUAAAGGGGCUCCGAAUUCUUUAGCAAAUGUAUACCAAUUCCAUUGUGGUGAACAAAUGGAUAAAUCUGCUAGAGAAUAUUUCAGUACUGAAGAUCCGAUGGAAGUAAUUGAUAAUUUUAAUGACUUGAUGACUUAUUGUGCUGGUGAUGUUUACUAUACUUUCAAAUUAUCUAAGAAAUUAUUCCCUGAAUUCAGAGAAAAGAUUCCUCAUCCUGUUUCAUUUUCAGCCUUAAGACAUUUAAAUAAUUUAAUUUUACCAACAACUAAGAAAUGGGAAAAAUAUGUUGAACAUGCUGAAGAAAUUUAUCAAGAUAAUCGUUCUCAAGUAGUUAAAAAUCUUGAAGAUCGUGCCAAAGAAUUAGUUCAAUACAUUGAACAAAAAGAUGAUUCAUUAAUACCCGAAUAUGAAAAAGAUCCAUGGUUAAAUCAAUUAAAUUGGGAGCUUAAAGCAUUCAGAUUAAAGAAAAAUGGUGAACCAGUUGCAAAUCAAGCUUAUUUGAGUGGUUAUCCUGAAUGGUAUCGUGAAUUAUUCAAAAAUACCGAUAGAAAGAUAAAUUUAACCAUGAGAUCAAGAGUAUCUCCAUUAUUAUUAAGAUUAAAAUGGGAAGGGUACCCAUUAUUCUGGACUGAUUCCCAAGGUUGGUGUUUCAAAGUACCGUACGAUGAGCAGAAGAUCAAGGAAUUGAAGUUGAAAAAUUAUACUAUUGCAAAAUUGGAAUUAGAAGAUCAAGAAAAAUACUAUUCUGAAUUAAGAGAUAAUGGUAAUAGUUAUGAGUUAUUCAAAAUCCCUCAUCCUGAUGGUCCAAGUAGAAGAUGUACGAUUAUAAUGUCAAAGAGUUAUUUAAGAUAUUUUGAAGAUGGGACAUUAAGUUCAGAGUAUAAUUAUGCAUCUGAAAUUCUUGCCUUGAAUUCGACUGCAUCAUAUUGGAUGGGUAACAGAAAGAGAAUUAUGGAUCAAUUUGUGGUUUAUAAUGAUUCUAAACAAGAAUCAAAUCAUUUUUUCAGUACACCAGAACAAUCAAGUGAACAUAAAGAUAUGGGUAUAAUAUUACCAAAGUUAUGUUCAAUGGGUACAGUUACUAGAAGAGCUACUGAGAAUACAUGGUUAACUGCUUCAAAUGCUAAGAAGAACAGAAUCGGCUCUGAAUUGAAAGCUAUGAUUGAAGCACCAGAAGGUUUCUGUUUUGUUGGUGCUGAUGUUGAUUCAGAAGAAUUAUGGAUUGCUUCAUUAGUAGGUGAUUCAAUGUUUAAAAUACAUGGUGGUACUGCCUUAGGUUGGAUGACUUUAGAAGGUGAUAAGAAUGAAAAGACUGAUUUACAUUCUAAAACUUCAGAAAUUUUAGGAAUUUCAAGAGGUGAUGCUAAAGUUUUCAAUUAUGGUAGAAUUUAUGGUGCAGGUGUUAAAUUCGCUACUCGAUUAUUAAAACAAUUUAAUCCAAAAUUAAGCGAUCGUGAAGCUGAAAAGACUGCUCGUGAAUUAUAUGCCAAGACUAAAGGUCAAGUAUCAUCAUCAAGAUUCUUAAAGAGAAAAGUUUAUCAUGGUGGAUCUGAAUCAGUUAUGUUCAAUGCUUUAGAAUCCAUUGCUUAUUUACAACAUCCAAGAACACCAGUUUUAGGAGCAUCAAUCACUGAUGCCUUGACAGCUGGUAAUUUGAAUAAGAAUGAUUAUUUAACUUCAAGAAUAAAUUGGACCAUUCAAAGUUCAGGAGUGGAUUAUUUACAUUUAUUAAUUGUUUCCAUGGCAUAUUUGAUUGAAAGAUAUAAUGUGAAUGCUAGAUUAGCCAUCACAGUUCAUGAUGAAUUAAGAUAUCUUGUAGUUGAGGAAGAUAAGUAUUUAGCUGCAUUAUUAUUACAAAUCAGUAAUCUUUGGACUAGAGCUAUGUUUUGUGAACAAUUAGGUAUUAAUGAGGUUCCACAAUCAGCAGCAUUCUUUUCUGAAGUUGACAUUGAUCAUGUAUUAAGAAAAGAAGUUCAUAUGGAUUGUAUAACUCCUUCUAAUCCUACUGCCAUCCCACCUGGAGAAUCAUUAACUAUUUUACAAUUAUUAGAAUUAACUAGAAAUGGUGCUGUAUUAAAGGACCAAGAUGAUAAAAAUAAUAAUAAGAAUAGUAAUAAUGGUGAUGGUAAUCCAAAUAUACCACGAUUGAGUAAUUUCAAUUAUAAUUUCCGGCAACCAUUUAUAAGUGAAGUUGAUAAUGAAUUAAGUGUUGCAAGUAAGAUUGCUAAACUUAAGUUACAAUCAUCAGUUGAUAAAGCUGAAUGGAAGAAGAACAUUGGAGGAUUUAUUAGGCUGUUAGAAGAAAACGAUGAAUCAGAAGUUUUCGAAUUGAUUAAGCAGCAAAAUGAAUCCAGACAAGGUGUUGCUUCUUCUCCAACGGGAUAUAGACGUAUUAAGAGACGAAAUGUUGAAGAAUUUGAUAUUUCAAGUGAUGGUGUGAAUUCUAUCAUGGGUAAUAAGGGGUACAAUGAUGAAAAUUCCUAUAAGGAAUCAUCAUUUAAACCUAAGUAUGUUACUUACGAUAAAUUUCGACGAAGUGGUAAAUAUAAGAUUGAUUUAGAUGAUAAGAGACCACGACAAUUUUCAACGAUAUUAAACGACCAACCAUCAUCCACCAGUUUACAACGUACAACCACCAAUCCAAGUAAAAGUAGUACUACAACAAGUACUGCUGCCACUACACCCACACAGUCGAUAUCGCCAGAUGAUAAGAAUCAAUUCUAUGCAUCUAAAUGGCGUCGACGAUCAUCGCGAGCGGAAAAUGUCUUUUAAACUUGAAUGAAAAUCAAAAAAAAAAAAAAAUUUAAAAAAAAAAAUGAAAGAUUAUUAUAUCCAUCGUUAUUGAAGUUUUUCACCCUUAUUU